CGGAUGUUAUCCUACCAUUUUGAUGUUUUAGAUUUUAGUAGGGUGUGGUAGAGUAACGGAAAUGUUCAUAACUUUUAAUUAAUUUAACGCGUCACACUUUGAAAUGUCAAAGAUGUCGAGAGCGUUUAACGUUAGCCAGCAGAAGCUUGCUGAAAAGCUCAGCAUUCUGUGUGACCGCGGAGUCGGUAUGCUCACACGAAUUUAUAACAUUAAAAAGGCAUGCAGCGAUCCCAAGUCGAAGCCGUCGUUCCUCUCGGACAAGUCACUAGAGGGCGCCAUAAAGCACGUUGUCAAAAAAUUCCCCAACAUCGACGUCAAGAGCAACCUGAACACGCUGAACGCCGUCAACACGAUGAAGGCCGACAUCGUCAAGUCGCUCGCACUCUACUACUUCACCUUCGUCGACCUUCUCGACUUCAAGGACCACGUCAGCGAGCUGCUGACGACGAUGGACACGUGCCAGGUGCUCUUCAACGUGACGACGUGCUUCGACCUGACACGCAGCUACCUCGACCUCGUCUCCACCUACGCAUCGCUCAUGAUCCUGCUCUCGCGCGUCGAGGACCGCAAGGUCGUCCUCGGCGUCUUCAACACCGCCCACGAGCUUCUCCACGGCAACAGCGACCCCAACUUCCCGCGCCUCGGCCAGCUCAUCCUCGACUACGAUCCGCCGAUGCGGAAACUCGCGGAGGAGUUUGUGCCGCACAGCAAGCUGGUGCUGCGCGCGCUUCUCUCGCUGAAGACCGUCUACCCGCGACGGAACCUUAGCGCGAAGCAGUGGCGGUCGGCGCAGAUGCUGAGCCUUGUCACGGCGCCGUCGCAGAUGCUGAACCCCGCGCAGACGGAGACGAUGCCGUGCGAGUAUCUGUCCGUCAACAAGAUGGAGAAGUGGAUCGUCAUCGGCUUCACGCUCUGCUACCAGCAUCUCGGCACGUCGGGUGCAUCAGAGUUGUGGGUGCAAGCACUGAGUGGCAGCCUAGUAACGCAGGUGUUUCGUGACGAAGUAAUCCACACACAGCAGUAUAUCAUAGGUUUCUUCGAAUCGUUAAAAGGGCUCAGCAAGAGAGUGGCAGAUGUGCGGGAGUGCUUACAGACGGCACAGCAGACGUGUGCAAACACGCAUCGCGAGCGACGCAAGUUCCUUCGCACGGCACUGAAGGAGCUGGCGACGAUUCUCACCGACCAACCAGGUUUACUGGGACCAAAGGCGCUGUUUGUCUUCAUGGCGCUCUCAUUUUCGCGGGACGAGGUCGAGUGGUUGUUGCGGCACCAGAACCACGUCAUCCCGCGACAGACGAAGGGCAAGAGCAACACGGAGGACUUCAUGGAUCGCGCGCUGCCCGAACUGCUGUUCGGCAUGGAAGAACUACGAGCGCUGGUGAAGAAGUACAACCAGGUGCUGCAGCGCUACUACGUGCAGUACCUGUCCGGCUACGAUGCGGUCGUUCUUAACGAGUGCAUCCAGCGACUGCCGCACGUGCCGGAGGAGGAGUCCGUCAUUCUCUCGUCCUUCUACAGCACCAUGACCGAGCUCGACGUGAAACAGGUGGAGGAGGGCGAGCUGUUUGACCUGCGUGGCUUCCGGCUCGACUGGUUCCGCCUGCAGGCGUACACGAGCGUCGGCAAGUCGUCAAUGAUGCUCGAAGACAACAAGGAGUUUGCGAAGCAGAUGAACACGAUCGCGUUCCACUCGAAGAUGGUCGACGCCCUCGACGAGAUCCUGCUAGAGACGUCAGACCUCUCCAUCUUCUGCUUCUACAGCAAACUCUUCGAGCAGCACUUCCAGAUGUGCAUCGAGUUUCCGCCGCAGAUGCGCUACACGAUCGCGUUCCCGCUCGUCUGCGCGCACUUCAUGCAGUGCACGCACGAGCUGUGCCCCGAGGAGCGCAACCACAUCGGCGACCGCAGCCUGUCCGUCGUCAACAUGUUCCUCGACGAGAUGGCGAAGGAGGCGAAGAACAUCAUCACGAACAUCUGCGACGAGCACUGCUUGCUGUCCGACCAGCUGCUGCCGAAGAACUGCGCUCAGCAGAUCGCGCUCGCCGUCAACCGGCAGAAGAAGCAGGACAAGAAGCAGCGGCCGGUGCAGCAGCCCGAGCGGCCGGGCAUCGAGAGCUACCGGAAGACUCGAGAGGAGCUGACCACGAUGGACCUGCAGCACAUGGCUCUCACCGAACUCUGCUUCUCCAUCAACUACUGCGGCGCGAUCCACGUGUGGGACCACAUCUUCGCGCCACGCGAGUACCUCGCGCAGCACAUCGAGACUCGCUUCAACAAGGCGCUCGUCGGCAUGCUCAUGUACAACCCGGACACGCAGGAGAUCGCGAAGCCGUCCGAGCUGCUGGGGAGCGUGCGCGCGUACAUGAGCGUGCUGCAGGGGCUGGAGAACUACGUGCACGUCGACGUGACGCGCGUGUUCAACAGCGUGCUGCUGCAGCAGACGCAGCCGCAGGACUCGCACGGCGAGAAGACCAUCACCGCGAUGUACACGAACUGGUAUCUCGACGUGCUGCUGCGGAAAGUCAGCACGGGUCAGAUCAUGUAUUCGAAGAAUCAGCGCGCGUUUGUGAGUCUCACGACGGACGAGAGGCAACUGAACUUCAACGCGGAGGAGUACUCGGACAUCGUGGAACUGCGUGCGCUGUCUGAGCUCGUCGGACCUUACGGCAUGAAGUACCUGAGCGAGAGCCUGAUGUGGCACAUAGCCAGCCAGGUGAUAGAGCUGAAGAAACUCUGCAUACAGAACAAGGACGUGCUCGCUGACCUGAGAACAAACUUCGACAAGCCCGAGGUGAUCAUGGGCCUCCACCGCCGGCUGCUCAACCUCGACAAUGUACUGCAGCGGAUGACGAUCAUCGGCGUGAUCCUCUGCUUCCGGCAGCUGGCGCAGGAAGCCCUGCACGACGUGCUGCAGGACCGCAUCCCGUUCCUGCUCUCGUCGAUCCGCGACUUCCACCACCACGUGCCGAGCGAGCAGGACACGCAGCUGCUCGCGAACAUUCGCACGCAGAUCGUAAACGAGAUGGCGACUGCCGCCGGGCUGCCGGCCAAGGUCGACCCCGCGCUCUGUACCGCCCUCAGGGCACAGAAGAUGGAGGGCAUCUCGCCGGACGAGGACUACCAGAUCUCCUGCCUCCUCAUGGUGUUCGUCGCCAUAGCGAUACCGAAGCUUGCUCGCAGCGAUGCGUCGACGUACAAGGCUACGCUCGAGGGACACCUCAACAACAGCCACUGCCUCGCGCAGGCCAUCAACCACAUCGCGGCCGCCAUGUUCACAAACUGCGGCCUGGGAGACAUCGAGGAGAGGUUGAAGGAGUUCCUGGCGCUGGCGUCGUCCAGCCUGCUCAAGCUCGGCUACGAGACGGACAAGGAGGUGGUGCGCAACCGCGAGUCCGUCUACCUUCUGCUAGACGAGGUCGUCAAGGAGUCGGCCUUCCUCACGAUGGACCUGCUCGAGUCCUGCUUCCCGUACGCGCUCAUCAGGAACGCCUACCACGCCGUGUGCAGACAGUCGGAGCUGUACGCCGGAUGAGGGCGUGGUGGGGCGUGGAGGGGUGCAGGCACGGGGCGUCCGUGUGCCGUACUCGGUGGAUGAUGAGAUGGCGAUCGAUGAGGGGGAGGCAAGGAUCGAGCACGAUUGUGACGAUUCUACGGGAUCCCGCGUGGGUUUGGCCGGCGCAGAUCGCUAGAUUCGCACACUAGAAAAUCAUCUCUGUAGGCGCUGCUUCGCGUGAGACGGCGAGGUCCCCGUGAAUUUACGAUCGCGAGCGCGCCAGCCAACGACUAGCUCAUGGCUGUUAUCGUGAUGCGCGUGAGCGUGUCACUUCCGACACGAGUCGUGGGGGGUGCGAGCGAUGAGAGAAACAGCAAACAACUCCAACGUAGCGAUCACGUUCGGAGUGUAAUUGGGGAACGAAAUUGCAAUUGCAGAUGGCUGCAAUUGUCAAGGUAUUGGUGCAUAUUUUCCAAUCAUGGGUAAUCAUGGCACAACAAAGAGUCAUGUAGUAUCUUGUUUACAGGAAGAGUACAUCCUCUAUAUGUUAUACAGUUUAGGGCACUACACUUGUGGUACAUAUAUAUAUAUAUAUAUAUUACAUGACAAAUUCAAGACAUUGAGCUAACUAAAGAUGAAAAUGCAUUCUUUGUACAGAUGAACGUAAGUUUCGUAAUUGGUGUUUAAUCUUAGCAAUGGCCUAUCCAAGUGUAUUUAUCUCUGCCACCGUGUGGGAAUCUAUAUCGGCUAUAUUCAUGUAAACCCUGGAAAUCAACCUAAUUCAAAACGAGUCUAGAAUCUGCCUUCAGCAUUACUGCCUUGGAGCAAUGUUUUGCGCUCUAUCACUGUGCUUGUUUUUAUCCUCUGAAUACUUUGUUACAUAUUUCCCAGACAAAGUGUCUAUCGUAGUGGAGAUUUUUAUAUAUACAUAGUACCAAUAUGAGACUCCAAGAAGUAUUAGACCUAAUUUCGCGUGACAGAAUGAGAGAUAGGGCAAGCAACAUUGAAAUGAUGGUAGCAGGAUUAACACUUGUGUGAAAUGUAUUCACAUUUGACCAAUACAUGAUGCACCUUGUUGAAUUACGUGACAUAUGUUACAUAAUAUUUGUAACGUUACACGGAUAGAAGGGGCUUUACGCUUAGAUUAAGUGGCAUGUGUUUUGUAUACCAGUUUAAUUAUACAUGAUUUUGUAAUUUAUCAAAUGUCAACCAUGUUUAAAUAUGUAGAGAAAAGAUGAAUCGGUUUGCGUCACACAAACGGCCAACAAACGGCCAGCAAACGUGACUUAUGUAACUUGUUUAUUGUUAAUCUGAGUAAUUAAAUUAUAUACACUACAA